AUGGCCGGCCUCCUGGCCCGCGCCUUCCGGGUCUAUGCCGACCAGCUGGCGCAGCACCCAUGGGGGACGCAGAUCGUGUCCACCGGCAUGCUGUGGGCGGCGGGGGAUGCGCUGGCGCAGCGGGUAGAAGACCAGCCGUUUGACCUGCGGCGCAACCUGCUCACGGCUGCAUAUGGCAGCGCCUUCAUCGGGCCCGUGGGCCACGCCUGGUACCUGGGCCUGGACAGGGCAGCCCGGGCGCUGCUCACGCCUGGCAGCCUGGCAUUUGUGGGUGGCAAGGUGGUUGCCGACACCGCUAUCUUUGGGCCGCUGCACGUGGCGGGCUACUUCACGCACAUGACAGUGUGCGAGGGGGGCACCAUGGCGGAUGUGAGGGCCAAGCUGCGCCGCGACUUCUGGCCCACCUUCAGCGCCGAGCUGGCCGUGUGGCCAGCGGUACAGGCAGCCAACUUCAAGCUCGUGCCUGUGCAGUACCAGCUGCUGGUGGUCAACACCUUCACCAUCCUAGACAGCUGCUUCAUGAGCUGGGCAAGAGCCAACGAUGGCUGGUUCCAGCGGCUGUUCCCCAGCGUGGCUGCCCAGCUGGGCAUGCAGCCGCUGCCGGCGGUCAGAGGCAGCAGCGUCGAGGCCAAGAAGGAGAGCUGA